ACCUACUGACGGCUGCACGGUUGUCCUCCCUCUCUCCCUCUCUCUUCUCACAGAAGAAAUGCAACAGAGCUUGAUCUGACUCGUCCUGCCAGUCUGAAGUGCUUUCUUGAUCCUUUGGUCUUAGCUGUUGAUGAAUUCACUCGUUGUGAUUUGGCCAUGUCUAUUUCUGUCCAGAGUCUGGGACUCAUCAUACUCGCAGCAGUCCUCCUCCAGACCAUCGCGGUCGCCGUCAGUUUUAUAUACUUCAACAAAGUCCUGAACACGAUGCAGGACAGUUUUUCCAGGAGCAGCAUGUCCUGUCUUGUAAACGCAAAUCUGAACUUCCAGGAUGCAGCAGCCGAGGACAAAAAAAGUGACCCCUGCUGGCAGGUCACGCAACAGCUCCACUACUACAUAAAGAAGAAGAUUGCUGAAAGAUUCCAGAAAGUGAUACCCACUCCUGUGAGAAACAAUCUGACGGGAGCACUGCCUUUCCGGGGGCCUGGUAUCAGAGGGGCCCCGCUUCCAAAAGUUGCUGCCCACGUGACCGGUGUCGUCUCAUCAGCAGAGCCUCCAAAAUCAGAGAGUUUUCGAAGCAGCAAGGGGUACCUUGGAGAGCGUAUCAGAGCGUGGGAGGGCCAGAGAGGCCUGUCCUUCUUGCAGAACAUGGAGCUGAGGGAAGGAGAGCUGCUGGUGCCCAGAGCAGGCCUCUACUACAUCUACGCCCAGACCUACUUCAAACUCCCCUCCACAGGGGAGAUGGAAGGGGAAGCAAAAGAGGAGGAAGGAGCUCAGCUUGUCCAGUACAUCUACAAGAAGAUGAGUUCCUACACAGCACCCAUCCUGCUGAUGAAAUCGUUCAGAAGUGUCUGCUGGCCUCGGGGUCAGGAGCCCGGCCUCUUCUCUCUGCAUCAGGCUGGCACUGCCUUUCUGCAGCCUGCGGAUCGCCUCUUCAUUACUGUUAGCAACGCUAGCGCCAUAGAGAUGGACGGCAGAGCAAACUACUUUGGGGCCUUCCUUGUGAGCUAAAAAAGGCGUCCAGGACUGAAAUUUUAAAAAAGGCACGAGCAAAGGUGAACCCAAAUGUUGCUUGAUAACAUGAUCGGCAGUCUGAUGGAACAGGACUGGAAGAGAAGACUGUUAGGACUGCAAAAGGACUUCUUCGGAGCCAUGGGUUAUGUAGGAUUAUGAUCAAACUGAGCUGCAGUGGGAUAUUCCCAAGUGGUCCAAAAUAAAUCCAUCAGUGGCCUAAUAACUGUUCAACCUUACACAGGAUAUGAAUUCUGUUUUCAAGGCUGGCAAACUGCAUGCAAGCCUAUCGUGUGGCAGCAAACAUGCAUUAGGAGAAAGGUGGAUUUGGAGCCAUACAAUAGACACAGAUUAAAUGAUGUCAUGCGUGAAUGCUUACUAUUGAAGCAAUUCGUUUUUGCCUGCAGGUGAAACUGUUGCCGGCUGAGUUAUCAGUCCCUGGAUAUGGCAGUGGUGUUGGACACAUGACAGGUCUUUUAUCAACAAUACUGACAAGAUUUUACACGUUGAAUAUUAUGAAUGAAGCUUCUUUCUCGUUUACAGUAAUGUCAUCAUUGUGCAAUAUCUUAAAUAAAUAUGGUAUGAAAAAGAUUUUGAAGUUCCCAAGGCCUUAACAAAAGAACUAAUGCAUCUCAAAACAUUAAUAUCGCAUGAAAAAGUUCUUUUUUUACUUCAAAAAAAAGGUCAGCUUUCAUGUAUUCUAUAUUCAUUGCACGAGGUGAAAUAUGAA